CUAAACAUCAGAAUCUAUUACAAAAUAUAGAUAUCAACAAUGGGAUCCACAUUGCUCCUCCUGUUUUCCCUUGUUUCCACCUCUGUGUUGGCUGCAUCAGCUGCUGAUCCAGUACUUGACUUGUUCUUUGAGGAGGUCAAAGCUGGCGUUGAAUACUACAUCUUGCCAGGUUUCCAUAGGAGUGGUGGAGGCCUCAAUCUAAAGAGCUCCACAAAUGAGAGCUGCCCAGUUGAUGUAGUCCAAGAGGAGCAAGAUGAAUCAUAUGGAUUAACGUUAAAGUUUUCACCUGCAGUCAGCAGCUCUAAUGGUGUUGUCAUCACAUCAACUGAUCUCAACAUCAAGUUGUCUCAUGUUGAGAACUGUGAACAAUCCACAGUUUGGCAGAUUCAAAACUAUGCUGAUGAUAUAGGGCCUUGGCUCAUUAAAACUGGUGCAGCUGAAGGGAACCCUGGUCCCAAUACUGUUGGAAACUGGUUCAAGAUUGAUAAGUUUGGAGGUGACUAUAAGCUUGUUUACUGCCCAACUGUGUGUGAUAGCUGCAAAGUUACAUGUGGAGAUGUUGGGCUUUAUGUUAAGAAUGGGAUGCGACAUCUGGCUCUGACCACCAAACCAUAUAAAGUUAUUUUUCAGAAGGCUUGAAUGUUAAUCAGUCAGAAUCAGUAUAAGAUAAUGAUGUAUGUAUAUAUGUAUGUAUGUAUCUAUCUGUGUUUGGGAAGUGUGUGAUAGAUACUAAAAGUGCUAGAGUGUUGCACUCUAUAAUAAUAAUAUUGCACUUGACAGAAUCAGUGCAAUUGUAUGUUGGAUGGAACAUUCUAUCGAAAUAUUAGUACUAAUUAAUUAGGUA